AUCCCUACUAUAUAUUAGCACCACUUGCCCCUUCUCUCUCAAACACAAAUAUUUCUUCUGCUAAAAACAAAGCAAAUUGAAGAACAAAAAAUGUCUCUAAUCACAGACGAGAUUAGAUCCUCUGCAACAGAGUUCUACACUGGAAAUGAUAUCUGCAAAGUAAAAUCCAAGUUUUUGCUGACGGAAGUUGGGUUGCCGAAUGGCCUUCUGCCAUUGGAGGACAUAGAAGAAUGUGGGUACGUGAAGGACACAGGGUUUGUUUGGCUAAAACAGAAGAAGAAGAUUGAGCACAAGUUUAAGGAAAUUGGGAGGCUGGUGCAGUAUGCAACAGAAGUGACAGCCUAUGUUGAGCCAAACAAGAUCAAGAAACUGACAGGGGUCAAGGCCAAGGAGCUACUGGUGUGGAUCACUCUCAAUGAAAUUUACGUAGACGAUCCACCAACCGGCAAGAUCACAUUCAAGACCCCGACCGGCCUGUUCCGGACCUUUCCGGUGUCGGCUUUCGAGAUCAAAGAGGAUCCAAAGGAUGUGAAGGAGGAGAAUGAAGCCAAUGCUUCUGCUGCUGCUACUAAGGAAGUUAAAGAAACUGCUGCAGCUGUGGGAGUGAAAGAGGUGUAAUUUCGAUGCCUUAUCAAGUUCAUGUUUAUCUAUGUGGUAAGAAUGGAAGCAUAAGUCUUAUUAAGUUUAUUUUGAGAUGCUGUUGGUUUUAAUGAUUUAUGUGUUAUGGACAUAAUCUCAAAUACUUUAUUUUAAAUAUUGGAAAUAAUUCUCACCGUAA